AUGAAAGCCUCUGGCCUUGCCUUUGGUCUUCUCUCAGUUGUAUUUUAUCUCCUUUGGACUCCUUCAUCUGGGCUCAAGAUUCUCCAUUUGGGAAGCUGUGUGAUUGUCACAAACCUCCAGGAGAUACAAAGUGAAUUUUCUGAGAUUCGGGACAGUGUGCAAGCCAGUGAUAGAAAUACUGACUUCAGAAUCUUAAGGAGCACUGGAUCUUUGCAAGACACAGAGCCUUCAGAUCGCUGUUGCCUCCUCCGCCAUUUACUGAGACUCUAUCUGGACAGAGUAUUCAAAAACUACCAGACCUCUGAUCAUCACACACUCCGGAAGAUCAGCAGUCUAGCGAAUUCCUUUCUUACUAUCAAAAAGGACCUCCAGCUCUGUCAUACAUACAUGGCAUGCCACUGUGGACAGGAAGCAGCAGAGACGCACAGACAGAUUCUGAGUCACUUUGAACAGCUGGAGCCGCAGGCAGCAGCAGUGAAGGUUUUGGGGGAACUUGACAUUCUUUUGCGAUGGAUGGAGGAGACACAAUAGGAGGAAAGUGAGGCUGCUGAAAAUACUCCUGGCCAGAAGUCCUCAUCCUCAGUAUCACAGAGACAUGACUGAAGCCACCAUCUCUUUGCCAUAUAAUUAAUUCAGUGCUGGUCAUUUUACAUUAUUUAUUAUUUCUUUCUUUACACAGUUGUCUUUAAUUGCCCCAUCUUA